AUACAUGGAGAAUCAUUCCCAAAGGCAAUAGAUCUGAAGUACUCCAUUUAAAGCAGCCACACAUGCAGUUGUGCACAUACAUGUAGUCCUACUCUGCACACUAAACAGUACAAUGAUCUCUGAAGCAAGUAGCAGAUGAUAGACCUUUGCCCAAUCCAGGAAAAAAGAUGAAGCGUAAAUCUUCUGGGUCUGCUGGCCUUCCUCAGCAGCUGGCCUCCAACCGAAGGAAUCCCCUAACCAGACUGAGCCAAGCUGAAAGCAUGGCUCACAGGAGGGCACCCCUGCUGCUUACCAGCUCACAGUCAUCGUCCUCAUCGUCAGACUCUACCGACUCACCUGUCAUUGAUGUGAUACCUCCUGUGUUCCAGGAGAGGAACGUCCCAGACUUUGAAAUUGAUAGGACUAGAAUGGCAGGUGCUGCUACCGUGCCUAGUUUAUCAGGAACUCACCACCGCCAAGGGGUAAGUCGUCCCAUGAAUCAUGUAGACCUUGUCGGGAACUCCCCUAGUGGCUCACCACGUCACACUAGACAGACGACUUCUGCUCCAGCCAGUCCUAACCUCAGAAUACCUCAUCUGGCCAAUGUUCCUGUGACGAACCAUCGCACCAUGCUUCAGGCCAGGCGCAUGGUGGAGCAACAUGGUUCGCCCCCUACUGGCGGGGAAGACUCUUCGCUUGUAUCUGCAGCUGAGGGAAUAAUGGCAGCUGGGUCAGCAGCGUUGACAUCGCUCCAAUUGAGGAUACCAGGGUCACCUUCCUCUUCAGGAUAUCCUUCCCCCACCACCUCCUUUCUGUCCUCAUCAGAAACCUUUCCAUACCCCUACCACAACAUCCCAUCAUCCUCAUCAUUACCUCGAGACCCGACCCGGUCCUCACAAACAGUUCCUAUGAGAAACGGACAAGGCCCUUCCAAACACGCAGCAGGUGGAUCAACUCUUAAGAGGGCUGGACCUUAUUUGCUUGGACCAAGACUUGGCACGUCGCCCGUCAGGAGCAUCGUCCAGUGUUUAGCAAGGAAAGAGGGAACCGAUGACUUUUAUUCUUUAAAGAUACUAACUUUGUCUGAGAAUGGACGAGAGAACCAGGAUGAGCGACAGGGUAAAAUGCUCCUUCACACUGAGUACUCCCUGUUAUCACUGCUACGAGAUCAGGAAGGGGUUGUACACCACCAUGGACUCUUUCAGGACCGUGCUUACGAGAUCAGACCCGGCACGUCGACCAGCGGAAGGAAGACGUCCUACAAGAAGCGACUGUGCCUGGUCCUGGACUGUUUGGUGUCGCAUGACUUCAGCAGCCGGACGGUGGACCUGGUCAACCUCCAGCACCACGUGAUCCAUGAGAAGAAACUGAGUGAGAAGGAGGCCGUGUAUAUCUUCCAUGAUGUAGUCAGUAUUGUGGAGAGUCUACAUAAGAAAAAUAUAGUUCAUCGCGAUCUGAAGCUGGGCAACAUGGUGCUCAACUGUCACACACGGCAGAUAACGCUCACAAACUUCUGCCUCGGCAAGCACCUCGUCAGUGAGCAUGACCUCCUCAAGGACCAGCGAGGGAGCCCUGCCUAUAUCAGCCCGGAUGUACUGAGUGGGAAACCAUACUUGGGUAAGCCGAGUGACAUGUGGGCAUUGGGUGUGGUGCUCUUCACGAUGCUCUACGGACAGUUUCCGUUCUACGACAGUGCCCCACAGGAACUCUUCAGAAAGAUCAAGGCCGCAGAGUUCACCAUCCCUCAAGAUGGGCGUGUAUCAGAGAAUACGACUGGUCUCAUCAAGAGCUUGUUGGUCUUAGAUGCUUCCACCAGACUCACGGCAUCACAGGUCAUCGAGUCGGUUAAAACUACGCUAGCCAUGUGGAAAACCAUGGCGAUGCAGGGAGAACAUCUCCAGGUGGUUCCUGACAUCGACAAUGGAGACAACGAUGCUCCUUUGGGCAAGAAACCCUGCGACCCGUCCUCUUCUGGAGCCGCUUCAUCCUGCAGUAAGGCUGUCCCCACUGCCGACUGGGAGUUGAAGCUCCAUCAGCCGUCCCAGCCGUCUCCCUGCCUCACCAGCUACAGGGCGCCAAGGUCUCCCCUCUCGGCCCAUCGUCAUCCUCCUGUGAGACGACUCAGCCACGAUGCCCAGCCCCUUUCGUCGGCAGAGGCAGCGAACUUCUACAAUGCCCGGUCAUGACAUCGGUUUGGACAAAGUUUUUCGUCCUAAUGCAUCUUGUUCUGUGAACUAGUAGGCCGAAGGUCUGCCCCUUCGGCCCUAUCGCUCAGCCACGAUGCCCAGCUGCUCUCAGUUUGAGAGGCUGCAGGUUCCUACAAUGCUAGCUGGUGACAAUGAUCUUGACAUAGUGUCUUUGAGUGAUCCCAACUGAAAAGAACACAUCCUCGAAAAUCAUGUCAUUUUGAAUUUGAAAACAAUACAAAAAAUCUCACGAUAUAUACAUCUGAUAACAUCAUAAUUAUUUUUUUCUCUAUCAAUUGUCUAAUUUUCAUUGUUGAAAAUAUUAGUUUAAUGUAUAGAAAGUCAGUUUCAAAGUUUAAUUUAGUUAUGCUAUGCUUUUUUGUGUAUUUCCACAAUUAUUAUAUUUUGUAAUAUUUUGUUUAAGGAUGAUUGAAUGGUUAUUAGCUUGUGAUACUUUUAAAUAGUAAUUAUCUUACACCACAUUUAUGUUUUUAUAUGUAGAGGCAUACAAAAUCAAGGUUUGUAGACAAUGUAAAUUUGUUUUGUGGUAUCUAUUGCAUUUAGUGUAUGAUGCACUCCGUAUGAGUCUCCUUUUAUGCUGUAUCAAUCAAGUUUUUGGUACAUUCCUGCGAUUGUAAUAUUUUAUAUGAAAUACGAUGUUUAAAUGAAAUACAAAUAUAAGAAUAAUGUACAUGCAAAUGGUUAUAUCACAUAUCUUAUAUCUUGAAGUUUUUAGGGAGAGAGCUCUGCUAUGGUCAUUUCAAUAUUCUAGUAUUUCCCACAUGGUAUACAUUUAAUAUGAAUAUUCAAUUAAAAAUCAUGAGCAGAAAUCAUGCCUUGAAGCCUAUCUGCACUAGUUUGGCCAGGAGGGAUUAUAACCCCCUACGUGGUCACUGGCAGGUGGUUAUCUAAUGGAAUCAGCUCUCGAUUACCAUAAGAAAAACAGGAUCAUUGGGGAUCAAUGGGUAGCGCUUUAGCGUUGUUGGCGAUAUAGAGGGCGCAAGUAGUUACAGGUAGUGCAGUCCCGCUUUAAAUAUGGAAAUUUUAUUUGAUUUACCAAUAUUGGUUAAGUCUUAUAACGAAUGGUCUGACUUGAUAUCAUGGCAAGGUCUUUACAAUUAUUGAAAGUAAUGAUCAAUUUCUAGCACAUACUAUGAAGUCUGGGACCUGUUUCACAAAGCCUUUAUUCAAUGACAAAUGACAAAACUCAGUGACAAUUCUGCUAAUGACCAAUCAGAAGCAAGGAUUUCAGUAGCUUAUAACAAAAACUGUCAUUUGUCACUGAUGACAAGUUUUGUGAAACGGGGCCCUAAUGUAGUAGUUCUCAAGCUGCUUCAAUAUUUUUUGUUGUAUCUUUUUUUUUUUAUAACUGAUUAUGAUAUCAUUGAUUCAAUUAUUAUUAUUCAAUUAGUAUACAAAAGUUUCAUUUAUAUAUCCAUUGAAGAUUAAGGAUAAGAAUUCAGCCUUUUUCCCCCUAAUGUCCAGAAAUAAUGUAAACAAAUCAGUUUUAUCACCAGAGAAUAUGUAGAUUGAAUCAGAAAAGAUGAUUUACCUAAGAUGAAUUUGUUGAUUAGAGCUGAAAUUUAUAGAAAUAUUGAAGAGUAUCGUGGUGUUGUAUUUAUAGUGAAAUGACUUAGUUUUGUAUGGAUAUUACAGUGGGUGGUGCAGAAACGCAAACAUAUCUCCGUGAUUUAUAAACAACUAAUGAAUCUAAAGGGUUGUAGAGUGUCAUACAAUGUAGAUUUACGAUGAUCCAAGGUUUCCUCCGGGGGGCAAUUGCUCAGGGCCUUAUUUCAUCAAAAGUGUUGGAAUUGGUUUAGGAUUAGAGUUGGCAUUGGGUUUAAAGACUGUAGUAGUAGUAGUAGUAGUGGGCUCUCAGGGGAAUUUUUUACACCAUUCAGGUGUUUGCAACACUAUAACAGGUGUUGUCAAUCAGCAGGAUUAAGCCUUCAGGUGAAUGAACAGGCCUUAUGUAAUGCUCUGCAUUUUCCACCCAUCCACCCAUAUUGUCAAGUCAUUAUCGUAAGUUUCCCUCACACAUAGACUUUGUGAGAGACAAGGAGGUAUUUCUUGAUUGGAUCACAGGGUUGCUGUGUGCAGACUUGUACACUCAUUCAUACUAUUUACACCAAGUCUGGUGUCGGCAAAUUAUGGCCUUCUGCACAUAGAAACUGACGACAAUCCCCCUUUAAGGUUAGGUUAGGUUUGGUUUAGAGUUAGGUUUAGAGAUGCAUAUAGGUUUGAGCCCAGGGUUAAAGCAAGAAGUUACUAGGCUACUCCUUGGUUGAUGUUAAUAAUACGGUUAGUUUAGGAAAUGAAUGUGGAGCAGUUGUCAUAAGAGCCUGUGUUUGGUAGUAGGUCCAUGGUUAUAGUACAUCCAGAUUACUUGUUGACAGUGUAUUCAUGUGCCUUUGUAGAAGAUGACGCUACAAAGAUCAUGUAGUAAUAAAAAGCCACACAAGAAAAA